CGAGAAAUUGCUAGGAAGCUGACAAGAUGAAGUUUAACAUCGGGGAUUUGCCAGUCUUGUUUCCCUAUCCAAGAAUCUAUCCAGAGCAAUAUGCCUACAUGUGCGAUCUCAAGAAAACCCUUGACGCCGGAGGUCACUGUGUGCUGGAAAUGCCUUCCGGGACAGGAAAGACUGUGUCUCUCCUGUCCCUUAUUGUAGCAUACCAACAAUAUUACCCAGAACACAGGAAACUUAUCUACUGCUCACGUACCAUGUCCGAGAUCGAGAAAGCAUUGGCAGAAUUGAAAGCUCUUAUGAAAUAUCGAGAAGAGCAAUUGGGCUACAAGGAAGAUUUCCGCGGACUGGGGUUGACGAGCCGGAAGAAUCUUUGCCUUCACCCCUCGGUCAAACGAGAGAAGAGUGGUGCGGUGGUCGAUGCGAGAUGUCGAAGUUUGACUGCAGGGUUUGUGAAGGAGAAGAAAGCAAGAGGAGAAGACGUGCCUGUGUGCAUUUACCACGAUAAUCUCGAUCUUUUGGAACCGCAUAACCUCAUCCCAAACGGAGUCUGGACACUUGAUGGGAUCAUGAGAUACGGAGAGGAGCAUAAGCAGUGUCCGUAUUUUACUUCAAGACGGAUGAUGUCCUUCUGCAACGUCAUUAUUUACUCCUAUCAUUACCUUCUUGACCCAAAGAUUGCCGAGAGAGUUUCGAAGGAGCUUUCUAAAGACUGCAUCGUUGUCUUUGACGAGGCGCACAAUAUCGACAAUGUCUGUAUCGAAGCCUUAAGUACCGAUAUCACGGAGGACUCGCUGCGGAAGGCUACUCGAGGAGCUCAGAACCUGGAGAGGAAGAUUGCGGAGAUGAAGGAUAGCGAUGCCGAUAAACUGAAAACCGAGUAUGCAAAGCUCGUGGAGGGCUUGAGGGAUGCAGAUGAAGCUCGGGAGGAGGAUGCCUUCAUGUCAAAUCCUGCUCUUCCGGAUGAUCUUCUGAAAGAAGCUGUUCCCGGCAAUAUUCGAAGAGCAGAGCACUUCGUUGCCUUCCUCAAGAGAUUUGUCGAGUAUCUCAAGACACGAAUGAAAGUCCGCCAAGUUAUCUCGGAGACACCCCCUUCAUUUCUGGCCCAUCUCAAGGAGUACACGUUUAUCGAGAAGAAGCCCUUGCGAUUCUGCGCAGAGAGACUCACAUCUCUCGUUCGAACGCUUGAAUUAACCAAUAUCGAAGAUUACCAGCCUCUCCAAGAAGUAGCAACAUUCGCAACCCUCGUCGCAACAUAUGAGAAGGGUUUUCUCCUAAUCUUGGAGCCAUAUGAAUCAGAUACGGCAGAGGUGCCCAACCCCGUGCUCCAUUUUACUUGCCUCGACGCAGCAAUAGCAAUCAAGCCGGUAUUCGAUCGCUUUUCCUCCGUAAUUAUUACAUCGGGAACAAUUUCGCCCUUGGAGAUGUACCCAAAAAUGCUAGGGUUCACAACUGUGGUGCAAGAGUCUUAUAGUAUGACCCUUGCUCGUCGCUCGUUUUUGCCUAUGAUCGUUACACGUGGGUCUGAUCAAGUUGCCAUAUCUUCUGGCUUCCAAGUCCGUAACGAGCCUUCUGUUGUUCGAAAUUAUGGCAAUUUGCUUACGGAAUUCUCAAAAUUAACCCCCGAUGGCAUGGUUGUUUUCUUCCCGUCUUACCUGUAUAUGGAAUCCAUCAUUAGCAUGUGGCAGGGGAUGGGAAUCUUAGACGAAGUCUGGAAGUAUAAGCUCAUCCUCGUCGAGACGCCCGACGCACAAGAGACCUCCGUAGCACUCGAGACAUAUCGCACAGCAUGCUGCAAUGGCCGUGGGGCGAUUCUUCUUUGCGUCGCAAGAGGAAAGGUUAGCGAAGGAAUUGACUUUGACCAUCAAUAUGGGCGCACUGUGCUCUGCAUUGGAGUUCCUUUCCAAUAUACCGAGUCUCGUAUCCUGAAAGCACGUCUUGAGUUUCUACGGGAGACCUAUCGCAUCAGAGAAAAUGAUUUCCUAUCUUUCGACGCCAUGAGGCACGCAGCGCAAUGCCUGGGUCGCGUUCUCAGAGGCAAAGAUGAUUAUGGGAUCAUGGUUCUAGCCGAUAGGAGGUUUUUGAAAAAGAGAAAUCAGCUUCCGAAAUGGAUCAAUCAGGCGCUGUUGGAUAGCGAAGUCAACUUGAGCACUGAUAUGGCUGUGGGAAGCGCGAAGAAGUUCUUGAAAGGUAUGGCGCAGCCUUUCAAGCCGAGAGAUCAGGAAGGGAUUAGUACUUGGAGUAUUAGAGACCUAGAGAACUUCAAGGAGAAACAGGAAGAGGAGAGUAUCAGGCAGCUGAGGGAGGCGCAGACGGCUGGUGCUGGUGUUGUGGAUCAGCAUAUGGAAGGAGUCAGAAACGGCAACGAAGAGACUGUUACAAGGGGAGAUGAAUAUGGAUUUGACGAUGAUGAAUUGGAAGCCUCAAUGAUGGAAUUGGAUGGACAUUGAGAUCCAGAAUCCGGAACUUCUUAUGGGAAGCUAAUCAAGGUCAAUCUCUGAUGAAAAAUAGAUUCCCAAGAUAAAAAGGUUAGUAAGACACGAGAUAAUUAGCUAAGGAGCUUGCUCAAUCGAAUCGCCCAUUAGAUAUCCACUAUAAAAUGACCGCAGUAUGUGGUGCUUGAUUGGGAUAAUAUAAACAGGGAGGCAUUUCGAUUAGGAUUACAUGCCCCAGGAAUACCAAUUACUUACUUCAUGCUCUUUGCCAAAGCCCAGAAGUUCUCCAUCUUCGCUCUCUGCAAAGCAUCUCGAGCUGCGCUAUCAGUUUCACAGACCUUACUUCCCCAUUUCCUAAAUGCCCUAGCUUUCUCUU